AUGGCUCCCAGAAAAGGUCACGGCAAGGAAUCUUCCGCGAAGACUUCCGCCGCUCCUGCAGGAGGCGACAACAUCGUCUUCACGAAUGCAAAAGGCGAUGUACGUAUUCGUGGCCCGAAAUCGCAAAAGCCGAACGAUGAGCCUGCUGCUCCCAAGGUAGAUGUCAAGAAGGUAAUCGGAGGGGCGUCAUGGACCGGGAAGCUGCCGGUGAAUCUGCUCUCGGAGCACUGCCAGCGAGAGAAGUGGAACAGGCCCGAUUACUCAAUGCGAUCUGUUCAGGUCGGAGAAGAGAAAAUGCAUAGAUCGACCGUGAGACUGUCCAAGACAGAUCCGAAGACUAAGGAGACCACGACUUUGCCAUACUUCGAAUUGCCUUCAUCGCAGCAGGAGCAUGCGAAUGAGCCAACUCCGCUGGAGGCCAGGCAUUUCGCUGCAACUUACGCACUGUAUCGAGUGGCUAGCAUGAAGCAGAUUCACAUGGCUUUGCCACCAAAAUACCGCGACUUCUGGAAAGGUCUCUUCGCAGAAUUGAAGAAGGAGGAUGUCAAGGAAGGCAGAGGCUGGAAGUAUGAAGCAGACCCCUUCGCUGCUGAAGCCAAGCGUAGAGAGAUACAUGCCGCCAUGGACAAACGGAAACAAGAUCAGGAGAAGAAGGCAGCUCUACAAGCUGCAUCUGUAGCGAAUGGGACCGAUCCACAGGUGCCGAACAAGGCAUUCGCAAGAGCACCUCGAAUCGAGCUUGGCGAGGUGCUUCGAUCGGAGCUUGAAGAUGUCGUCAGACUGAAUACGACAUGGAACAAGAACAAGGCCGUACUCAGCAAUUCAGAGAAGAUCAAGUCCGAGACAGAUCUGAUCAAAUCUGGAUUUCGACCUACACACGUCCGUGAAGCCUUGACCUACGUUGGUAGCCACGAAGAGGCUAUCGAAUGGCUGCUGAUCCACGUGCCUGAAGAUGACCUGCCGAAAUGGGCGAUGCCUACGAAUUACUCGGCUGGCGUCACGCUGGCAAGCAGCAAUCCUACGAGAGAGGCUAAACUCAAGCGGCUUUCUCGGGCGGGCUACUCGACGAGCGACUGCGCAAUGGCAUUGCGACAGAACAAUGAUAACGAGACUGAAGCAUUGGAAGCGCUACAGACUGCCCUGGUUCCCUCCAGGAGCACAGAUUCCGCAGACUCCGACCUUGAUCUGGACAUCUGGGAGCAAGAGCUUGCGACGCUCGAAGCCAUUCAUGGCGAAGCGUACACGUCCUCUGACCCCUCGUCCUGUGCAAUCACCAUACAAUUCCCAGGCGCUGUGGCGGCGACCUUGAGCUUUCAUCAACCACGCGAAGGGUACCCUGAGCGUGCUGUGCCGCUGUUGGUGAUAGACAUGCAAGUUCCUGCUUAUGUGCGGCUCAGUGUCUUACGACAAGCCCUUGACUAUGCUUGGGAGAAUCUGCUGGGCGAUCAGAUGAUCUAUGGAAUUAUCGAGUGGCUCCAGGCGCAUGUCAACGAGGUUGUCGCCGAUCCUGGUCGGCUGGUCGAUAUCGAGAUUGCGUCUGGAGACCUGAAUCUGUCCAACGUAGCGGCACAAGCAAGAUCGUCGAUCAAGGGGAAGGCUUCCGCACGAACGGCACCAGACAGGACGAAGCCGAAAGAUUCCAGGUCAAACGAACAGCUGAAGCAGGCCUGGGAGGAGCGGCAGAGCUCUUCAAAUCAGCAACAGAUGCUGAAAGCACGACAGUCACUACCCGCCUGGCAGAAGAGACAUGAUGUCGUCGAGGCGAUCAAGAGCAAGCAAGUCACUCUUAUCACCGGAGAGACAGGUUCGGGAAAGUCUACACAGAGUCUCCAAUUCGUCCUUGACGAUGCUAUUCAGUCAGGAAAAGGCAAGUCUUGCUCUAUGAUCUGCACUCAACCCCGACGAGUGGCAGCCUUGUCGUUGUCGGACCGAGUAAGCGCGGAAAGAUGUUCGCCUGAAGGCGAUGAAGUUGGCUACAUCAUCAGGGGCGCAUCAAGAACGUCUCCACGCACAAAGAUCACGUUCAUGACCACUGGUGUGCUUCUCCGGCGUCUCCAGCAGUCCAACAGCACUCAGUCAGCGUUGGAAGGCAUCAGUCAUGUCUUUGUCGACGAAGUGCACGAGCGAUCGCUGGAUACAGACUUCUUGCUGGCAUUGCUGAAGGAUACCAUGAGGACUACAAAGUUGAAGAUUGUUCUCAUGAGCGCCACUGUCGACGCCGACGUAUUCAGUAACUACUUCGGCGGCCCCACCAAAGUGGCUCGGAUUCACAUCGAGGGACGCACCUUUCCUGUUCAAGACGUCUAUCUCGACCACAUCCUGGCUAUGACAGGCCAUGUUGGCACCGACGAAGAUGAAGACGACUAUGGCCGAUCCGUGGGAAAAGCUAUCCAAAGCCUCGGAAGUGGCAUCAAUUACGACCUCAUCGCUGCCCUGGUCACUGAGAUAGAUGGUCAGCUCGGGAAGGAUCCGGGAGCGAUCCUCAUCUUCUUGCCUGGAACUCUGGAGAUUGAUCGCUGCUUACGUGCUGUCAGCCGACUACCUAAUGCUCACGCCCUCCCUUUGCAUGCUUCACUAAUGCCGACGGAACAGAAGCGUGUCUUCCCAGCAGCGCCGAGAGGUAUGCGUAAGAUUAUCUGCGCGACCAAUGUGGCCGAAACAUCUAUCACAAUCUCCGACAUUGUUGCCGUCAUCGACACCGGUCGAGUCAAGGAGACAUCAUACGAUAUAUCGUCCAAUGUCGUACGGCUACAGGAUGUCUGGGCAUCAAAGGCCCAAUGCAAGCAACGCCGUGGCAGAGCUGGCAGAGUACAGGCUGGCACAGACUACAAGCUCUAUACACAGAGCAUCGAGACCUCAAUGAGACAGGCAUCAGAACCCGAAAUGCAACGCGUGCCGCUCGAGCAGCUUUGCUUGAAUGUCAAGGCCACGGCACCCGAAGCAGACACUGCAGCUUUCCUCAAAACAGUCAUAUCACCACCGGACAGCGCAGCUGUCUCUAAAGCACUGAGGAUGCUUCACCGGAUGGGUGCUCUGGAGGAGAAUCGUCUGACGGGUCUGGGCACAUACAUGUCGAUGUUGCCAACGGACUUGCGUUGCGCGAAGCUCAUCAUCUACGGCACGAUUUUCUCGUGCCUCGAAAGUACACUUACCAUCGCCUCAAUUCUGACGGUCAAAUCGCCCUUCGUAUCGCCACGUGACAAGCGUGAAGAAGCGAAUGCGGCACGAGCAACGUUCUCAACUUCAGAUGGCGACCUCAGCCUGGAGCUCGGUGCUUUCAACGCAUGGAAAACUAAGCUCGGCAACACGCCGAGCCGUGAGAUCAGCAACUGGUGCUCGUCAAACUUCCUUUCGCAGCAGACGCUGCGCGACAUUGAUUCCACACGCAUACAGCUCAUGGAGGCACUCAAGGAAGCUGACUUGGUCCCCGCGCACUACAACUCGCGCAAUGGUUCCGCUACCGAGGAUGCUGCCUUGAACGCCAACCUCGAGAAUCGCCCGCUGCUUCGGGCUCUGAUCGCAGGCGCGCUCUCUCCUAAUAUCGCGGAAAUCAAAUUCCCCGAAAAGAAGUUCAUGGCCAGCAUGACCGGCGCGAAGGAGCUUGACCCGGAAGCAAGGACUAUCAAAUUCUUCACCGAGACCAGCAAUGACGACGACGACCACUCAUCGACGUCCACAGCCAGCACUCCCAGUACUUCGACCAACGCCAAGCCAACCCAGACAGCCAAGUUCUCUAGCGAGCGCGUCUUCAUCCAUCCCUCCUCCUCCCUCUUCACCAUCACCUCCUUCCCCACACACUCCCACUACCUGUCCUACUUCACCAAACUCGCCACCUCGAAGACCUUCAUCCGCGAUCUCACGCCCCUGAACGCGUAUAGCCUGCUGCUCUUCGGCGGGAAGAUUGAAGUCGAUCCCACGGGUGCCGGGAUCACGGUGGAUGGGUGGUUGAGGAUGCGGGGAUGGGCGAGGAUCGGUGUUUUGGUGAGACGGUUGAGGGGGGUGCUGGAUGAAGAGUUGAGGAGGCGGGUUGAUGGGGGAGGGGAUGGGGAUGGGGAUGAUAAGGGGAGGUGGGCGAGGGUAUUGGGGGUGGUUAGAAGGUUGGUUGAGUUGAAUGGACAGGAUCGUUAG